GGUGCUUCACAGGGUUGACAAUGCGUCACUUCGUGCGCAUGCGCCAAUUUACAGGAAGCGUUAACGUUGUCUUCUACCAGCUGAUUUAGCCAAAUUGUCAACAGUCAAGCCUGCGACAGCUGCGCUGCUGAAACGACAGAAUUAACGAGAGAACGAGGAGCGAACAGAGCUCAAGACACCAAUCGGACAGACUUGACUACACUCUGGAAGUGACUGACAUCCCAGAAGCACCCAUCUCCACCCCAGGGAGGAGGCCCAGCCCCCCUGCCGUCUCUCACGCGGGCCGGUAUGAGCUCCAGAGGGAGCGGAGGCCGCUCCAACGGCACUCUGCCACAGACCAAGAUCUGCCAGUUCAAGCUGGUGCUGCUGGGGGACAUGGCUGUGGGCAAAUCCAGCCUGGUGCUGCGCUUCGUCAAGGGACAAUUUGAUGAGUUCCAGGAGACAACCAUAGGAGCUGCGUUCCUGGCCCAGUCGGUGUGUCUAGAUGACACCACGGUGAAGUUUGAGAUCUGGGACACCGCGGGACAAGAGCGAUACCACAGCCUGGCGCCGAUGUACUACCGUGGCGCUCAGGCUGCUAUCGUUGUCUUUGACAUCACCAAGCCGGAGACUUUUGAGCGAGCCAAGGCCUGGGUGAAGGAGCUGCAGAGGCAGGCCAGUCCGAACAUCGUGAUCGCCCUGGCCGGGAACAAGGCCGACUUGGCAGAGAGGAGACUAGUCGAGUAUGAGGAAGCCCAGACGUAUGCUGAAGACACCGGCUUGCUCUUCAUGGAGACUUCGGCUAAGACAGCCAUGAACGUCAAUGAGCUCUUCCUGGCCAUUGCCAAAAAGAUGCCAAAAACAGACACCCAAAACCCUACACAUGCAGCGCGGCAUCGGGGAGUCAACCUCCAGGACCCAGACGCCCACUCCACUCGAGCCUGCUGCGGGGGGAGCUAGACCGCCAACGCCCCACCAGUAGUCCCCCAUCCACACCACCGCAGCCCUUCAACCAUCCUGUCUCCUUCAGCCAAGUUAUGGGGGGCGGGCCUGACGCUGGGGAACCCCCCUUACCUACCCUCCACUCAUCCUCCUGUCCAAGCAGACAGAAAUUUAAAAAGGAGAAAAUGAAAAAGGGAAAGGAAAAGCAAACCAAGUUGGAGAAGAAACCCACCAUGUUUCACACGUCUGUCUCUCUCUCCACCAGCGACAGUCUGCGUUUUGGAAAGUACGAGAGGAGGAGGAGGACUGAGAAUGAGAGGAGGAAAAUACUGAAGAGAGUGGAAGACAUUGGCAAGCCUGUUGUAGUUUUAUAGCACUAAUUGUGAUUUUUGUUCCGUAAUUCUGCCUUGCAUCAUUUCAGUCACAGUGGCCAGGAAAGGGAAGAAGUGAUAUUACAUAUAAAGAAAAAGAAAAAGGGUUGAGCCGAAUUGUUAGGUCGUGACUGCAUUCUUCUUCUUCUUCUCCUUUGUCAGAGCUUGCGUCCGCUUGCUUUGCCUCCCGAAUGGAUCCGAUCCUGCUGUGCAUUAUGCCACAUGCUGAACCCCUGGAAUGAUCCCAUGGUUUGUGACCCCUCCCCCGCCCUGCCUGACCGUCCCUGGUGUCACUAGCGCCGGCCAGGCUCAUAGUAGAUAAGACCCACGACCCAGUUUAUCCCAACAUAAGUCCAUUUGUACGUAUUUAUUGUCCGGUGUUUUCACUUCUCUCUCUCUCUCAACUGCUCCGUUGUCUCCGAGGCGCUCACAUUUCUCCUCAUGUCCAGAUAGAAACUCAUCGUGUGAGGAAAAUUUGACAUUGUGUUUCUCAUGAAUACAUUUUGGUCCGACGGACUUGGUUGUUUAAAAAUAAAAAAAAAGGAAAAGAUUGCUGAAGUGCCCUGUUCCAAAAAAAAAAAAAAAAAAAGUUUGGGUUUCAAUGCCUUGCUUGAGUGCUCCGAGGAAAAAAAUAUCUUCACAGCUCUUCACAGCAACAAUAUAGACUUGAUCUGCAGUGUCUACAGUCCCAUGACUAAUAUUCUGAUGUACAGUAUAGGCAGAAAACUGUUAACUCUAAACUAACAUCUCUCUCAAACGUACGAUGGCCGCUGUAUUUAUUAAAUGGCUUAAUCUUAUUUUUCAAUUGUUACAAUGAGCGAUGGGGGUUGUUGUAAUAGCAAGAAAUGUGGUAGUCCAUGUACGGCUCUGCUCACAUGAAAUUACUGGCAUCAGAUAAAUGAAAUAUCAUGGAAGUCAGGAAGAGGAUACGGAAAUGUAACCGUGGUAAUAAACCUGUACCAUGCCCUGUCGGAGAAAAUCAGCCCAUCUUGUGUGUAAUGUAUUCCGCAUUUGCCCCUUGUCGUAAGCUUAAGUUGUCGGUGAACAUGAAACCAUAGUGAUCGCCAUUUAACUUAAUACGACGCUCUUUAAACAGAAGAGUUGUGUGCUUGGUUUCUGUCCAAGGCUUGGCUGAACAGCACGAGGAAGUGAAUUAAUGAAAACAUACACACAAAAAAACAAAAACAGAAGUGCCUAUUUCCAGUUUCUCUUGUUUCUGUGACUCAUGUAUUUGUGCUUGGUAGGCAACGUGCAGGAAAACAUUCCCUGACAUUGGCUUGUAUUGUUAUUAUUAUUAUAAACCAAUAACUUGGCACUCGGUCAUUAGGCUAGUCUGUAUCGGCUCUUCGUGUGGAUGUAAAGAGAUCUUGAUGAAUACACUGUAUGUUAAUUAUUAUUGUCUUGAAUUUUAAAGAACGUGUAUGUUAGCAGAGCACACUUGUAAACCUGGAAUGGAUCGUUUAAAAAAAGGGGACUCUAAUCAAUGUUAUAAAUCCGUUUGAUUUCAACAAA